AUGGGGAUCCACUUUAAUCUGCCCAAGAGCCGACAGGAUGUGCUCAUGGGAGACGGAAUCGAACGCCUGUGCAAAGUCGAUGAAUGCUACUGCGAGUGGGCUGCGCUCUUCUUUGCAGUGGCGGAUGAGGCCCCGCAGUACCUCUAUGUUCUCCGCACACCCAGGGGUACCAGUGGAGUGGAUGAGAAUCAUGUGUUCAUCAGUUCAGAAAGAAGAAAGACACAGAGAGAGAGACAUGAGAGUCUGAGUCUGGAGCGUGACUGCUCUCUGAACAUCAAGAACGUCACAGAAGAAUAUUAUGGAUCUUACAUCUGCAGACAAUAUGUGAAUGGAGGAAAACAAGGAACUGAUGCACGUGUUUAUCUGCAUGUUCUUCAUGUUUCAGUCUCUCCAUCAUCGCAGACUGAGAUCAGUCCAGGCCGCUCUGUGACUCUCUCCUGUCAGUUGUAUUCAGUCUCCUGUGAUGAUUUGGUUCAUUCUGAGGGACUUCAGCUGUUGUGGGUGAAUCAGACUGGUGUUGAUCUGAAGACAGACUCCAGAUAUCAGAUAUCAGCUCCAGGACACUGUAUCAUCACUCUGACUACAACACUCCUGAAUGAAGAUGACAACAGAGGGUGGAGAUGUCAGCUUAUUCACAGAAAUCAAGUCAAGAUCUCAUACACACACACUGUCAAGUAUUCAGAUCCAGCUGACACAGCAUCAGAAACUGAAGUCAGUGUGACUGCUGGAUCAUUAUUCAGAGUGAUUGUGAUCAUUGUUGAGAUGGCAGUGUUUGCUGCUCCUACUGUGAUUCUUCUUCAGAUCAUCUGUGCAAGAAGAGCUGGGAGAAAGGACUCGCAGCACCCAGAGGAAAUAGAGAUGCCUACAAUAUUACAAUAAAAUACUGCUGAGUUUGGAGACAAUCUGAAAAAAGAUUUAAAACAGCAGAAACUCACAGAGGAUUGUUCAUUGUUUGAUUUUCUUCUAAAAAAACAGAGAAAAAACUCUGAAGAAAUAGUGACACCAAGUUUAGUUUUUUAUAAAUAGCAGCCGAGAAUUAUUUUCAUUCAUAUGGAUUUUAUGGAUACUUGCAUACAGUGUUCAAGCUCAUUUUCUUUGGAUUCGUAUAUAAACUUCUAUAAAUAUUAAAUACAAUAAUGGACAGAUUUCGACAGACUGUAUAAUCCUCUCUCUGUUCUGUGUGAUGUCAUGAUCUGUUCAUUCUUUUUCUUUAGCAAUUUUAUUUUUUAAUUUUGGAUGAAUGCUACUAAUUUUCUUAAUAAAACCUCUGCUAUUGUG